AUAAUUUGUAACCUUACGAAAUUUGUACCAAGUUUUGCAAUCUCAAUCUUUUACGAUUUAUAUUUUAUUGCACGUUUAUGUAACAUAAUAAUAUUCGAAAGUUGUCAACGUGUGUUGUAUACUUUAAUUGUUGUGUACAUUUUAAAACGAGUUUAUUAUAAUUUUAUUUUGGAUCUAAGUAGACAGUAAUUGUAAUUACAUCUUACCAGGCACAAUGUCUAAUCAAAUUGUUGGCAACGAGAGCAACAAGGAGAAUGCCCCGGAAAAUGAAGAAAAGAAAAUUCCCAUAUUUUCAAUUGAAAUAUUAAAGAUUAUUAAGGAAGCCCAACAGCAACAUGGCUUAAGGCAUAAUGAUUAUCAAAGAUAUAGAGGUUAUUGCACCCGACGUAUCAGACGUUUACGAAAAGUUAUGCAUUUACAACAGGGUGAUCGAAGACAUUUUCGCAAGAAAAAUGUUACAGAAACCAAUUUGACAGAUGAAAGAGCUGUAUACAUACCGUUGAUGUUAGCUGAAAGAGCAUGGAGUUAUGCAAUGCAACUAAGAGUUGAAGCUAAUACAGAACCAAGAAAAAAAUUUCAUUUGGUGUCUAGAUUAAGAAAAGCUGCUAGUUAUGCAAUACAACUUCAAAAACUUUGUGAGUCUGAAAAAUUUGAUGCUCGUACUCAACUAGAAACUCAAGCUUAUGUGGCUUGGUGUGAAGGAAUGUUGCAAUUUGAACUACAAGAAUGGAAGCCAGCCAUAGAAAACUUAAAAAAAGCUCAAAUGAUUUAUGAAAAAUUAGCAUCUGCACUGAAUGAAGAAGAUGCUAUUUUAUAUAGAAAUCGAUAUGAAGAAUUAGAACCAAGCUUGCGUUUCUGUGCUUAUAAUAUUGGAAAUGAGACAGAUGUUAAUCAACUAUUACAUUUGCGUAAUCAAGCACAAGGGGAUUUAUUAGUGACAUUGGAUACUUUGAUGGCGCAAACAAGAGAUUCAUUAAGUGAAGUGACUUGGAGAAAUCGUACUGUGCCCGUAAAAAAUUCUCGUGUAAGGACUUUCUUAUUAGCCAAUCGUGAUUUUAAUAGUUUGUUGGACAAAUGCACUACAUUAGCUGAAAAGAGUGAUUCAUUGGAACAACAUUUGAUGGACUGUAAAGAUGCUAUGCUAGCAAUAAGAGAUGACAUUAAAACUGAACAGAAAAUGGAUGGUUCUUCAACUUCUUCAGCAUCAUCAUUACAGUAUCUUCAUACUUAUUUGUCAUUCAUUCGUUUGGAAAGAUCAAUACAACGUAAUUUGUUGUUAAUUGAAAGUGCAUUGGAAAAUGAUGGCAAACAAAGGAACAAUCGGGAGUAAGAAACUUCAAGAUGUAACUAGGUUAUAUGAGAUUUUGAUACAAAAUAUUUUGGAAGAACAACAAUUGCCUGGUUUGGAAGACGAUUCAGAUUUUCAAGAAAAAUUGACCAUUAAAGCUAAAGCUUACAAAGCAUUCAGGUAGAUACUUUAACAAAUCUUUCACC